AUGCCCUCUCACAGUAUCAUAGAAGGAUCUUUGAGAUACAACUUGCUGAUAAUGAAGAUUGUUGGAAUCUACCCGUAUAAUAACUGGCCGAAAAUUUUCAAAAUUUACGCUAAUUUCUUCUACUUGAUCUUCACCAUCCCAACACCUAUUCUUAUACUAGUCAACUUCAUCCUCAUGGAAGAGAAAACCCUGGAGAGAAUUUGCGACAGUGCUUUUCUAGGAGCCCAACUGGGAACAUUGCUGGUGAAAUUAUGGCCUUUCAAGAGUAAUCCGGAGGCGAUAAAACGAACAGUGAAGGCUUUGAACCAGGAAAUCUUCAAUUCGUACAGGCAAGACCAGGAGUGUAUUGUCAAAAGCGCUAUCAAAGAGUACAAUUUUAUAUUUUUGGGGGUGAUUUCAGCAUCUGGUGUGAGUUUUGUCACUUGGUUUGGAAAAAUUUUCUUCUAUGAGGAGAAGAGAUUUCCGCUUGAAAUUUGGCUGCCCUUUGACGCAUUCGAAGAUACUAGAAUCUACGUAGGAGUGUUGGUUUACUUGUUUUUCUGUGUGUUGAUUGGAGCUUUGGACAACGCUUCUCUGGACACUUUGAUAGUAGGAAUGAUUUUUCAGUCUGCAACUCAAGUGAAAAUAUUGAAAAAUGAUCUACAAUUUCUACACGAAAGAAUCGAACAGAAAGUAAAUGAUAAUUUCGAUUCGAAGGGUGUAAAAGAAAACCGAAUCUACAAAAGCAUAUGCAAGUCCAUUGAUCAUUACGAUGCUAUAUUUCAGUAUGCCAAGGAUAUAGAAAGAGUAUAUUCUACCGUAAUUUUCUCCCAAUUAUUUGUCAGCAUAGUAGUGAUAUGUAUUUCAUGUCUACAACUCUCAAUAGUUGAACCGUUUACAAUUUUAUUUUUCGGUAUGGUAAUUUACAUAAUGACAAUGUUGAUGCAAGUUUUUCUUUACUGUUACUACGGUACAAUGCUUUAUGAAGAGAGCAAUACAUUGACAACUGCAAUAUACGAGAGUGAAUGGUAUAACUACGACCAUAGAUCGAAGAAAUGUUUGCUCACUUUGAUGGAAAGAGCAAAAAGACCAAUCAAGCAAACUGCAGGAAAGUUUUUUGAUCUUUCUCUCGAGACUUUCACGAUGAUACUGAGAAGAUCAUAUUCGUUACUGGCUGUAUUACAAAACUAUUGAACGGCUCAACCUGUCAAAUAUUUAACGAUUAUAUAGCACACUCCUAGUAAUUGUAACAAGUAGCACUAAAAAAUAUAAUUUCAUCCAC